AUGGAUUCCGGAAUCAUCUCGCGCCUCCUUACUCAUGCCCAAUCUGAGAACUUUUUGGGUUCAAUUAACGCAGAAACUGUGACUUAUAAGAGCGCUGCCUCUGCAAAUGGUCAAUCCCUUCGUGGGUCCUGGGUAUCUCUGUCCGACUGCAAUGUGCUGGCAGAAUUCAGCUUCUUCGGGGUGAUCUCCAAUGCCGAAGUGGGACCUUAUGGUAAUCAACAUGCUGCUCCUUUUACCGCUUGGCAUGAACAAGGGCAUGCAAAAGUCAAUGUGACGAAGUACCAGAUUCAUUUAAGUAUCCCUCCUUUGGCACCACGUUCUAUCAAAACAUUGUUCACGAAUCAAAUUCGAGGAUUAAAUAAAAUUAAGAAUGCAUCCGGGUUAGGACUGCAUUGUGACGAAGACACCGUUGAAAUCAGAGAGAAUGAGUUUGGGUGGGUUUACUUGGAUGACGAAAAUGGACCCUACUUUCGCAUUGUGCACCCCAUGUUUUUGGAGAGUCGCAAUGGUCCAACGAAAGAGUCUGUCAGAGACCAGGGUCGAGACGAAGGAGUGUCUCCGUAA